UUUGAACUCCCCCACUCCUGCCAGUGUAGUUGCAAGACUCAUGGGUUUAGAUUCAAUGCCUACAACACUAGCUCUAACCGAACCUUCUUCUAAUCAACAACUCCAACCCCGCCUAGUUAGAUAUUCACAGUACAAUCCUAUGGACUUGCUCAAUGUCGCUGGUAGGAUGGAAAUGCAUCAUUGGAGGCAAUCAAGACAGCCAAUGGAGAGAUUUCAGACCGAAACUUUGCCACCAAAAUCAGCUAAAUCCAUUCCAGUCACCCAUUACAAGCUCUUAUCUCCAAUUAGGUGUCCUAGAUUCGUCUCGUCAAAGAACGUAGCUUACAUUGCUGAGGCAGCUGCCAAGAUAAUGGAGGCAAGUCCUAGGGCGGUGAAUAAUACCAUUAGAGUGCCAUCUAUCGUUUCGCCUUCAGUUCCCAUGAGAAUCAGGGAUUUGAAGCAGAAAAUGGAAGCUGCACAUAGGGUGUCUAGACCUGGAAGUUCAAGUGAACCUGGGAAAAGUUUGAAGGCUCAGCAUAGAGACAAUAGUAACAGUGGAUCGUCAUCAGCGGGCUCAUCUUCAUUCAGAAGACCUCCAAAGGCUUCUCCUGAAAUGGAUAAAGGGAAAUCAGUCCAACAAAGACCAGGUGGUUCAACAACCAGAAGUAAUAACAAUAGAAUCAAGCCAAAGGAGAAAAAUGAGAUUAAAUCCCAGCCAAACAUUCAAACGAGUGUUCAUAAGAAGCCCAUUGAAAAUAGGAGCAAUGUGCUUAGACAGAACAACCAGAAGCAGAAUAAUAGUCUAUCUAGAAUGACAACUUCAACCUCAAAGCAAGGGGAUAUAGCUAUAACUCAGCUCUCGAAUGGUUCUUCAGGUUCAAGUAGGACUGUUACUACGGUAUCUAUGAACUCUGAGAAGGAGAAGAGGAAGGCUUCACCUCACAAGAAACAGGAUAUAAACGUGGAUCCGUCAAACAGAAGGGCAUCUGCUAGUCGGCUAUCUAAUAAGGACUCGAGAGCCAUUGAAUGUAAAGUUGCAGUUAAUGAAAGCAUGAAGAGCAUGGUAAAUGGGAAGAAUAGUAUGGAUGUGGUUUCAUUCACAUUCACUUCUCCAAUGGUGAGGAACAACAUUUCUAAGUCAUCUUCUUCCUCUGAUGGUUUGACAAGGAACAGCAUUGGCUUGAAUAUGAUUGGUGGUGAUGAGUUGGGUGUUCUUCUGGAACGAAAGCUGAGAGAACUAACGGAUAAAGUGGAGUCAUCAACGGGGUUACUUAAGCCAGCACCAUUGGUUAACGUAAUGAGUGCUGCUACGUCCUCAGCAGCUGAACAAAAGGUUUCUGAACUUAGCUUAGAUAAAGUGGAGUUGCAUAAGGCAGAAGGCGAGUGGUACUCUGAAGAGAACUUACUCUUGCAUUCGCAUCAUGAGCGCAAGGUUUGUUUCCUGUAUCAUCAAUCAGAAGCAGCGGAAGAGCACAGCUGUAGCAGCAGUUACAUUGAAAACGGGAAAGUACUUGAAUCUGAGCCUCCUAAUUAUACAGAGUGGAUUCUAGACCAAACUUGUUCAGAUUCUCAGGGUAGUGAUCAACAAUGUUCAUCCUCAGUUCAAGCUCCAACCACAUUCAACUCAGCCUCAACUAACAGAACUCUGACUGACGAAGGACUCAAAACCGAGCUAUCAGAUUCUGCCACCUCAUCAAUCUCCAUGAUGUUAGCCAACCACCUUCCAAACACCACUUCACCAAUACUCCCAGGAGCAACAACCAAGCUCAACAAAUAUCCAAGCAACUGGGAACUCGACUAUGUCAUCCACAUACUAUACAUUGCAGAGAUGAAUCUCGAAGACCUUGCAUUGAGCUGUAGCCCCUCCAAAAUCCUAUCCCCGAACCUCUUUGAACACGAGGAGAGUAAAUUUGGUAGAGACAGUGACGAGCUCUCCUUGAAAAUCAAUCGAAAGGUCAUGUUCGAUUGCAUUGGCGAGUUCUUGGACUACAAGUGCAGGAAAAGGUCUUGGGAUGAACAUCAAGGGGUGUUGCUUGAGAGAAAAGGAUGUUUGGCGAAGGAGUUGCAUAAGGAGGUAUUAGGGUGGAAGAGCAUGGGAGACAUGAUGGUGGAUGAUCUUGUGGACAGGGACAUGAGCUGUGGGGAUAGG